AUGGCCGACAAACUCCGCACGCAGCAAGAGCUCGAGCGCCUUCAGGCGAAAUAUGUAGGCACCGGCCACCCCGACACGUCGAGCUGGGAAUGGCGCACCAACAUCCACCGCGACACCCUCUCGUCCAUCGUCGGACAUCCUCCGCUUAUCAACUACAUUGCGACGGCCGAGAACGAGCCUAUUCAGAUUGUGCGCGCGAGGUUGAUCAGGCAAAUGCUGCAACCUUGUGGUCCUCCUCCCCCGAGAGAGGAAGAUAUCCCGAUUCCUGCCGAAAUGAUUCAGAAACGAAAAUAA